UCCUGCAAUGAGAACAGUUGGAUAAGCGGACUCUGCACCGCCUACUAUCUGAACGGCCAGCCAAUCCCGGGAGCAGGCUGGGUGGGAUUUGUUCAUCGGGGAGAAAGGUGAUUGCACUGUAACAGGUUGGGGAAGUAGAUCAAAUCAUUUAUUGGAAUAAAAACACUGGGAGAACUGGAAGGAGGUGGGGAAAGGACAGUUUUCCAUCGGGAAUACCGUGGAACCUAAUAGAUAAACGAGGAUCUCCGCGGUAAAUGAGAAGAGAAGCAGGAUUGUUAGUACCAUACAUUUCUCAAGCUUCCCUCCACGUGCCUUCGAAUGGAUCCCAGCCCCACGGCCGACAGGCCCCCCCCUUUGGAUUACGGGGUUCAGAUCCGCUUCAUCGACGACCUGAACGAUCGGGGCAAGCCCCGAAAGAAGACAGGGGUCCGGGGUGACGCGCUCCCCCAGGGAGGGGGGAAGGGAAAGGGGGGCUCGUACGGCGUGGCGGUCCGUGUCCAGGGCAUCGCCGGGCAGCCCUACUUGGUCCUGAAGGAAGGCGAGAAGGGGGAUUCCUACGGCGUGCAGCUGAAGAGCAGCGACAAGAGAGGCUCCGAGCCGCCGGAGAACCCGUACCCCCAACCAGGGUAUGAGCGCUCCGACGGGACGGGGCUGAGAACGAGCAGGGGGGCCGCCUCCCCCCCGGCCCCCCAGCCCAGGAGGACCGAGGAUCUGCGGCGCUCCCAUUCGCACGAGUCCCUGCUGGAGGCGGGCUCGCUCGGACCCGGGUUCGAGAAUCUCCACGGCGACCUCCGCAAAGAGGAAGGCAACGGACUGGAGCAGCAAGGAAGAAACAGCAGCAGCAGCCGUGAUCGCUACGGCGGAGACAACCAGGAAGUGAUGUCGUCUCGUAGCUCCUCCUCUUCCUCUUCGAUCACUGCCAAGCCCUCGGCCCGCGGAGGGACUCCCGAGCCGGGCGGCGCCAUCGACACCAAGUCCUUGCCGACGGUCGGCAGCAUGAUCAGCAAGUUCGACGGGGGCCAGGGACCACAGAGGGGCCGGGCCGGGGGCCGCAGCAGGAUCUCCGCGGACGAGCGGAAGAGGUCCCGCAGCCUGGACGGGAGGAACCGCUCCGGAAGGGAUUCUCUUCUCGGGAGCCUGGAUGUUCUGCUCGACACGCCCGCCUCCUCUUCCCCCUCCGUGGUGAACGGGCAGGCCCUCUCUCCCUUGCACAGCAGCGCCAGUCUGGGCAGGCCGGCUCAGGAACCCACCGUCGGCUCGGUGACCAGCAGCACCAGGGAUCGGAUCGGAGGCAGAACCACGACUAGCUCGCAGCUGAAGGUCCAGUCAGAGAUACAGCUGAAGUCGACGCCAGACCUUCUUCAAAACCAGAGGCAGCUGGGCAGCGAGGAGGAGAGAGCCAAGGAGGCCCUGUAUACCAUCCUCAGAGAGGGGAGCUCAGACAACGAGAACGCUGUGAAGAGGAAAGUAAACCUCGUGUUUGAGAAAAUCCAGGCCUUCAAAAGCGCGGCUCCCAGCAGUGACUCCCGGACCCUCCUCAUGCAGAAGAACGAGCUGGAGAGGAGAGCGUCAGAGCUGCAGAUGAGGCUGGACGAGGAGACCAAGAACCGUCUCAACUCGUCCAGCCGGCUGGACACCAGUGUCCAGAGUCUGAGGAGCGAGCUGGAGGAGACGCUGGACGAUAACAUUCAGCUGCAGGAGGUCCUGAGCCAGACCAAGAGCGAGCUGCACUCCUCCGUCACGGAGCUCAUGCAGCUGCGCAUGGAGAAGGAGGCGUUGGAGACCCGGGUUCGAGGGCUAGAGGAUCACCUGUCCGGGCUGCAGGAGGAGCUGAGGGGAGACGGAGAGUCCGGCGCAGUCAAGGAGGCGCUCGAAGUGGAUGUGAUGGAGCUCCGAGCCGGCCUGGCGGAGCUCUACGCAGCAAAGCAGAAGCAGGACGAGCUCCUGCACCAGCGUGAGCGGGAGCUGACCGCCCUGAAGGGGGCGCUGAAGGACGAGGUGGCGAGUCACGACAGCGAGAUGGACCGGCUCAGGGAGCAGUACCAGAGUGACAUGGAGCAGCUCCGAAGCAACGUGCUGGAGGUCUCGCAGACUCAGCUGGAUGUGGAGGCGGAGCGGCAGAAGGUCAACGCGACGGUGAGGACCCUGCAGAGGCAGCUGGAGGAGAGCAGUGACGAGAGCAGCCACUGGAGGGAGCUGCUGCAGAAGAGCAAGGAGGAGCUGCGCAGCACCAAGCGGGAGCUGCUGCAGGCCCGUGCGGACAAAGAGGAGUUGGAGGAGGAGCUGCAGGAGGUCAGGGGUCGCUUCGCCAGCAUGCAGGUGGAGGUGGACUCUGUGAGGAGCACUGUAGCCCAAACUGAGCAGGCAGAGAGGCUGGAGAAGGAGCUGCAGCGAUGUCGCGAGGAGCUCCAGCAGGCCCUGUCCCAGAGGGAGCAGCACGGAGAGACGCUGGCUCAGAGGGACAGGGAGCUGGCCGCCCUGCGGGGGGCGCUGCAGGACCAGGGUUCGAAACACCAGGAGGAGCUGGAGACACUGCAGCAGAGCCUGCAGAGAGAGAGGGAGCAGGGGAAGAGGAGCAGGGAUGAGGAAGCGCAGGACAGGGUGUCUCAGCAGGCCCUGCGCUCUCUGGAAGCCCGUCUCACUGAGGCUGGUGAGGAGAGUGCGCUGUUCCGCAAGAGGGGAGCUGCCCUGGAGCUGCAGGUCACAGAGUCCCAGCACGCCAUGGAGGAGCUGGAGGCAGUGGAGUGCAGGCUCCGGGACAGGCUGAGCCACGCAGAGGCGGAGCGCAGGCAGCUGGAGUCCUCUCUCCGCGAGGCCUCGGAGGCGGAGGAAGGGCUGGCGCUGGAGAAGCGCUCCCUGGAGUCUCAGCUGCAGGAGGCUCAGCGCAGCCUGGCGAGGCUCCGACAGGAGAAGGAGGAUCUGGGGGAGAGGCUGCAGGAGGAGGCCAGCCAGAGAGAGGAGCUCCGCAGGGGCAAGAGCGAGCUGGAGGAGCAGAAGAGACUGCUGGACAGGACUGUGGAGAAACUGAACAAGGAGCUGGAUCGGAUGACUGCGGAGUCACGUGGUUUGGUCACGCAGGUUCAAGCUCAGCUGGAGGAAUUCAAAGAGAAGUCCAGGAAAGACCUGCUGGAGGCACAGAGGCAGGGGAAAGAGAGGGUGACCGAGCUGGAGAGAGCACAGGGACACCUGCACAGGAAUCAGGAGGAGAUAUCCCGGCUGAAGCAGGAGCUGCUGAGCUGUCAGGAGGAGAGAGACAACGCGCUGCUGGACAAGGAGCUGCUGACCAACCGCCUGCAGCACCUGGAGGGGGAGAUAGAGAGCAAGAGAAGAAGCCAGGACGAGCGCUCCAGAAACAUCAAGGGGCUCGAGGACAAGAUCAAGCGCCUGGAGCUGGAGCUGGAUGAGGAGCGGAGCACAGUGGAGCUGCAGAGCGAGAGAAUGGACCGCAGCAGAGACCAGGUUGAUCAGCUGCGUGCUGAGCUGAUGCAGGAGAGGUCACUGAAGCAGGACCUGGAGUGUGACAAGAUGUCUCUGGAGAGACAGAUCAAAGACCUGAAGAGCCGUCUCUCCAUUGCUGAAGGUUCCCAGAAGCCCAGCGCCAGCCUGACUCAGCUGGAGGCCCGAAUCCAGGAGCUGGAUGAGAGGCUGCAGAUCGAGGAGAGAGAUAAGAGUGCCGCACUGUCCAGUAACCGCAAGCUGGAGCGGAAAGUGAAGGAGCUGAACAUCCAGCUGGAGGAUGAGAGACAACAGCAGCAAGACCAGAGAGAGCAGCUGACUCUGCGCGUCAAGGCUCUGAAGCGGCAGGUGGACUUGUCGGAGGAGGAGCUGGAGCGGCUGGAGAACGGGAAGAAGAAAGCCGUGCGGGACCUGGAGGAGCAGCUGGAGCUCCGGGAGCAGCUGCAGAACCGGAUCAAGGCCCUGGAAAAGGAGGCCUGGCGCAAGAGCCAACGGGAGGCCCUGGAGGCGUCUCUGCUGCGUGCGGAGGACCUGAGCUCCGAGGACGAGGAGGAGGAGGAUCGCGAGUUUGACCCGGCUGCAAUCACAUCGCUGCUGACCAAGGGCAACCUGAAGACCAGCUCCUGCUAGGACAGCAAUUCACCCAACACUUCACAGCACCCCAUGCACUACACCCAUUACACUACACCCCUACACUUCACCCCUAUACCACACCACCCACCACCACCCUUCACCUUGAAACUGCAGACCAGCUCCUGCUAGGACAGCAAUUCACCCUACACCUCACUGCACCCCAUGCACUACACCCAUUACACUACACCCCUACACUACACACCCCUACACUACACCCCUACACUACACCCCUACACUACACCCCUACACUACACCAUUGAACCACAUUCGACCUGCAGACCAGCUCUUACUAGGGCACCCUUCACCCUGAAACUGCAGACCAGCUCCUGCAAGAACUGCCUUAACCCUCCAGCACAUCCCACCAAGAGAAACCUGCAGACCAGCCUUCACCCGUCAACACAAUGACAGAGAGCACCCUGCAGACCUGCUGCUGCCAGGACAGCCUUAACCCUUCACACUGCAACCACUGUGCAGCCUUCAGCUCUCCUGCUCUCCACCCUGCAGACCUGCCCCUGCUAGGACAGCCUUAACCCUUCACACUGCAACCACCGUGCAGCCUUCAGCUCUCCUGCUCUCCACCCUGCAGACCUGCCCCUGCUAGGACAGCCUUAACCCUUCACACUACAACCACUGUGCAGCCUUCAGCUCUCCUGCAGACCUGCCUUAUCCUGUCGCCUCAAUAAUGCCAGAGAGCAACCCAGGACAGCCUUCACCAUUUGAGCCUUGAACCUUCAGCAUUCACCCCAAGAGCUACCUGCUCCCUGUGGACCUGGCCCUGGUAAGACCGGGAGCCUUCACCCUUGAACUCUUCAACCAAUCAGACCAGCCUUGACCCUUCACCUCCCGAUUGACCAGCUCCUAACAACUGCUCGGUUUUUACUUCUAUAUAUUUUUUUCAAGCACAACACUGUAAUGCUAUUGGCACACACAAUGUACUUCCUGCGCAGCAGUUAUUAGGAUCCUACCUGAACCCAUAAAACUGGAGUGGGGAGGUUCCUGUCUUUUUUUGAUAUGAUAAAAACAAAAAUAGAAAUCCUAGAUUUUUUUAGAAUCCUGAUUCAGGGCUGGUAGAUGGAAACCGCAAAGUCUUAAUUGGCUCUUUUUUUUUUUAAUUAGCAGACCUGGUUCAAAGUGUGCUGUCAAACCACACUCUCCAUCGCUGAGCUUGUCACAAGAACCACUUUUUUAUAUUUCAAUAGGUUCUCAAUAAAGCUUUGCUGCUUUUCAGUAGGAUGUGCAUCUAAUAUGCUCUACAAUUCUGGCCAAAAAUGUUGCCUCACCCUGUAGAAUGAACUAAUUUUACUUCAUGAAGUUGAACGAAACUGAAUAAUGUUACGUUAUCAUUUUGAAUUGCACACCGCUUUGUAGAUUUCCAUAUAAUGAAAAACUGACAAAAUUGAAAAAUGUGACAUUUUGAAAUCUACCCCGAAAUACUGUUCUACUAUUAUGGCUUGUAGUUUCUUUGAUUACAUGAUGUUAAAUAAAAUAUCUGAAUAUGUUCUUCUUCUUAUUAUUAUUAUUAUUAUUAUUAUUAUUAUGUCUCAAUCCUAAAAUUCUUGGUGUUUCAAAACUUUUGGCCAUAGCUGCAAGUUUCAAGGCUGCUAAGUUCCUUGUUUAGGUGAAGUUCAGCCUUAGAAAAAUAAUGUCUGUGUAAUUCUGAAACUGCGUCUGUUUCUACUAAUGUUGAACAGUACGCCACAGUAAAGCAUGGUACAGCAUAUUGAAAAGCAAACCAUGCUAAACUAACCCUUAUAAAGGUUCCCCACAGUAAAAGCACAGCAAAGUGUAAUAAAGCACAGUGAAAGCAUGGUAAAGCACAGAGAGGUAUGGUAAAGCAUAGGCAAGCAUUGUAAAGCAUAGAGAGGUCUGGUAAAGCAUAGGGAAGCAUUGUAAAGCACAGAGAGGUCUGGUAAAGCAUAGGGAAGCAUUGUAAAGCACAGAGAGGUCUGGUAAAGCAUAGGGAAGCAUUGUAAAGCACAGAGAGGUCUGGUAAAGCAUAGGGAAGCAUUGUAAAGCACAGAGAGGUCUGGUAAAGCAUAUUAUCUGCUUUGUCUGCUUCACUUCCCGUUUUGAUUUGUGGCUGGGCUUUGUAUCCCAGCAGGACCAGUGUCUGACUCACUCCUGCUUGUUUGCUCAUGGUUUGUUUUUGAAGGAUCACUGUUCAGAAGAAUCACUUAAUGUUCCAGGAUUUUGUUCUUUUAUCAGAGAAGUACAGGUCAAACCAGUCCUGGUCCCACCCUUGGGAAAGUUUACCCUGGUAAUGUUAGCAGUUUUCCUAUGCUUAGACUAUACCAUAUUUAUUAAUUAGCUUUACCAGACCUCUCUGUGCUUUACAAUGCUCCCCUAUGCUUUACCACACCUCUCUGUGCUUUACAAUGCUUCCCUGUGCUUUACCACACCUCUCUGUGCUUUACAAUGCUUCCCUAUGCUUUACCAUACCUCUCUGUGCUUUACAAUGCUUCCCUGUGCUUUACCAGACCUCUCUGUGCUUUACAAUGCUUCCCUAUGCUUUACCAGACCUCUCUGUGCUUUACAAUGCUUCCCUAUGCUUUACCACACCUCUCUGUGCUUUACAAUGCUUCCCUAUGCUUUACCACACCUCUCUGUGCUUUACAAUGCUUCCCUAUGCUUUACCAGACCUCUCUGUGCUUUACAAUGCUUCCCUAUGCUAUACCAGACCUCUCUGUGCUUUACAAUGCUUCCCUAUGCUUUACCAUACCUCUCUGUGCUUUACAAUGCUUCCCUAUGCUUUACCAGACCUCUCUGUGCUUUACAAUGCUUCCCUAUGCUUUACCAGACCUCUCUGUGCUUUACAAUGCUUCCCUAUGCUUUACCAUACCUCUCUGUGCUUUACAAUGCUUCCCUAUGCUUUACCAGACCUCUCUGUGCUUUACAAUGCUUCCCUAUGCUUUACCAUACCUCUCUGUGCUUUACAAUGCUUCCCUAUGCUUUACCAUACCUCUCUGUGCUUUACAAUGCUUCCCUAUGCUUUACCAGACCUCUCUGUGCUUUACAAUGCUUCCCUAUGCUUUACCAGACCUCUCUGUGCUUUACAAUGCUUCCCUAUGCUUUACCAGACCUCUCUGUGCUUUACAAUGCUUCCCUAUGCUUUACCAUACCUCUCUGUGCUUUACAAUGCUUCCCUAUGCUUUACCAGACCUCUCUGUGCUUUACAAUGCUUCCCUAUGCUUUACCAUACCUCUCUGUGCUUUACAAUGCUUCCCUAUGCUUUACCAGACCUCUCUGUGCUUUACAAUGCUUCCCUAUGCUUUACCAGACCUCUCUGUGCUUUACAAUGCUUCCCUAUGCUUUACCAUACCUCUCUGUGCUUUACAAUGCUUCCCUAUGCUUUACCAGACCUCUCUGUGCUUUACAAUGCUUCCCUAUGCUUUACCAGACCUCUCUGUGCUUUACAAUGCUUCCCUAUGCUUUACCAUACCUCUCUGUGCUUUACAAUGCUUCCCUAUGCUUUACCAGACCUCUCUGUGCUUUACAAUGCUUCCCUAUGCUUUACCAGACCUCUCUGUGCUUUACAAUGCUUCCCUAUGCUUUACCAUACCUCUCUGUGCUUUACAAUGCUUCCCUAUGCUUUACCAGACCUCUCUGUGCUUUACAAUGCUUCCCUAUGCUUUACCAGACCUCUCUGUGCUUUACAAUGCUUCCCUAUGCUUUACCAGACCUCUCUGUGCUUUACAAUGCUUCCCUAUGCUAUACCAGAUCUCUCUGUGCUUUACAAUGCUUCCCUACCAGACCUCUCUGUGCUUAAGAGUUUGGGCUGUCAUAAAGGACAUCCCAAACUCUGCAUAUGUUUCUUAGACUUGUGUUCUUUGAUAUAUUUUCUUAAAUCUUAAAUGAAAACUUGUGAGUGUAAUUGAGUACAGUGGGCUUAUAGUCCUACGGGCAGGGAAGUGUUUAAAAUGGUUCAUGCAAAUAUAUAUAUAUAUAUAUAUAUAUAUAUAUAUAUAUAUAUAUAUAUAUAUAUAUAUAUAUAUAUAUAUAUAUAUAUAUAUAUAAAUGUACUGUAAUAUCUUUUUGAUUGCUACGUAGGUUACAAUUUUCUGUGUUUUCUAAUGAAGCAUCCCAAUGCACAUGGAUAGGAAAUCCCGUGAGGCAAUAUUUCAUGGAAAUGUAAUAAUAUCUGAAUGUGGUUUGUUGUUGCAUGAAAAACAGAAUCAAAAAGGUUUUCCUGUUGAGUAAUUAAGAUGCGCUGAACUUUCCCUGGAGAGAGAGAAUCCUGCAUCUGUAAUGGUUUUUAAUCACAUAUAUAAGAUGAUGUAUUAGUCAUUUUGUACUAGGAUUUUUCUAAACACGUUUUAAUUCCUUGCACACAACACACUGCGUAAUUAUACAGUUAUAACCAACAGCAAGCACCUCACUUUUGUGUAACAGCAGCUCAGUGUUUGUGUGAUCUUUAUAAGAGUCUCUUUAUUAUAACAGAACUCUCUGUGUGACAGGAAAGCGAGGUUGAGCAGCUUUCAACGCAGUGGGAGACCAGCCCCUGUAAUUCUAGUUUGUACUGAGAUCUGCAGGCUGCUUCGGGGGGCUAGAGGGGGGCAAAUUAAAGGGUGCCGAACUGCUGUCAAUUUUAAAACGCUGCAAUUAAAUAUCAAGUACGAUUGUGCUUUCGUUUUAGCCUUGCCUUCAAAGAUCUACACAGGCUCAAUAAAAUAUCGCUCCGGCAGAAAUGUUUGUAUAUUAUGAUUUUAAUUAUUAUUUUUAAAUCAGAAUUAUUUUUUUAUAUGUAAUUUUUUUAUUUUAAGUGCUGGGGUUGGUAAAUAAUGAUACUUGAAGAUUGCAUGAGGAAUUCUGUAGCCCAGCUGUUGUAUGGAGUGUAUCGCUGUGGUGUUUUGAGUACAGCGCAGGUGGAUGUUGAUCAAUCGGAUACAAUGCUAUCGUUCACCCCCCCCCCCCCCCCCCUCUGUAUUUGAUUUAUCUGUGAGCGCUCGGCUAAAUAAAUUUGUAGAAACUUUCAAAAAUAAAAAGUGCUUUUUUUUGCCUA